AUGAUCAGUGAGCAACGUGUCCAACGUGUCCCGGGAACCGCGCGAGACCGACUUCGGCUGUUGACCGGCGUCGUGCUGCUGUCCAUGAUCGCGGGAAGUGCUUGGACCGACAAUCCCGUCACAUCCGAGGGACCGAGCUUCAGCGCGCCAAUAACAAACAUGACGGUCUCAGUGGGAAGAGAAGCUGUCCUCACUUGCAUCGUGGCGAACCUUUCCACGUACAAGGUCGCAUGGCUGCGAGUGGACACGCAAACCAUCCUGACGAUAGCCAAUCACGUGAUAACGAAGAAUCACAGAAUCGGCGUCACUCACAGCGAGCACAAAACAUGGUCGCUACACAUACGCGAUGUUCGUGAGAGCGACCGAGGGAACUACAUGUGCCAGAUAAACACCGAUCCGAUGAAGAGUCAGAUCGGUUAUCUGGAGGUUGUAGUUCCACCGGAUAUUUUGGAUUAUCCCACGAGUACGGACAUGGUGGUUAGAGAAGGCAGCAAUGUCUCGCUACGUUGCGAAGCAACAGGGUCACCGACACCAAACAUCACUUGGAGGAGGGAAGAUGGCGACCGGAUUAUUCUUGGGAAGAAUCAGGGGAAGAAUAAGCAGGAAGUGCCCAGCAUUGAAGGACCGGUCUUCAAUAUCACGAAAGUGACCAGGUUGCAGAUGGGAGCGUAUCUUUGCAUCGCGUCCAAUGGCGUACCGCCAACGGUCAGCAAGAGAAUUAUGCUCGUUGUACAUUUUAGUCCAAUGAUUUCGAUUCCGAAUCAAUUGGUGGGCGCCCAGGAAGGCCAGCAAAUGAUGUUGGAGUGUCAUUCCGAAGCAUAUCCAAAGUCCAUCAAUUAUUGGACGAGAGAGAACAACGUUAUUAUAGCAAACGGGGACAAGUACGAGCCAUCCUUCUCGGACAACGUAUACAAGGUGCACAUGAAGCUUAUGAUACGUUCAGUCGCGAUGUCCGAUUAUGGCAGCUAUAAAUGCAUAUCCAAGAACUCCCUCGGCGAGACGGACGGCAGUAUCAAGCUCUAUCAUAUACCAACACCUACUACGGAACCGACGACGACGAGUACCGUGCCCGUUCCUACUACUGUGGAACCAGUGGAGAAUAUCCAGUGGUCGCGACAAAAGCCCGUGCCUAGUUUAGAGCCGAGCUCUAAUGAAAUAACCGACGCAUCUUCGACUGUCGUUAGAAGCGAAGAAACGCGACUUCGCGACAAACCAAGCCUGGAAGAGAGCCACGAAGCUGAGAACGUUAUUGACAGCAACAGCCAUAAAAGCUUCGACGACGACAUCGGACCCCAAAGAAUCGACAACACGGCGCAGUCGAUGUCCUCCAAGAGCAGCACGUGGGGUUGCAUGACGCGAUCCAGCACAGUGAUCUGCAUAAUCGUGCUUUCCGCCCUGUCGUAGUCACCGCGUGGGGAUGAUCGGUCUUUCCAGCUCCGGGAUAAAUCCUGCAAUCUUUCCUCACCCGUGCAAGGGAUCAAUUAAUCGACGAAGUAAAGCUGAAUAGCACGGAUUCAUCGAAGAAUCUACAGCUAUUGAUAGCAUACGCCGAAUGGGGGGAGGACGCUUAUCAUAGUGGGAUUAUGAACUCACACCCUGCCUUCGUUGGACGAGUGAAACCUUUCGAUGAAUUAAUUCACCAGAUUUCGUCCGUGAUAAGUUGCGUUACUCAUUCACUGUUCAGCGUUACUGCGCAGGAUGUAUGUCUAGGUCGGAAAAAGACUGCGAGUGAUGACGCAAACGUAAAGGCUGAUCACUCUUGUUUCCUUUCAGCGAGUGCGAAUGCAUUCUUAAUUAUUAUUUUCGAUAUGCAGAAAUUGUUGCGUACGUCUGCCAAUGUUGCAUAUAGUUAACGACAAGAAAAUACCGUUAUUGCUAUCAGUGUAGAUUUUCAUUUGCAAAUAACUAACGUGAUUCGCGCGAUAAUAUAUCUAGUAUCCGCGCCCCGGUAGCCUUUAUUGAUUCUCAUCUGAUGAAAAUGCAAUAUCGUGGAAAAACUUGUUUAUCGUUAAUUUGAUCAGAAAUCUUUAUCUCUCUUUCUUUUCGUCGCUUCGGAAACGAUCGAUGAUCAUUUCGUAUCAGCAGAGUUUCAUCAAGGCUUGGCUGUCGGACCUUUCUUGGGGAUGACGACGGCGUGACGACGAUUUUUCUUAUCUGAUUCCACCGUCAUCGCUAAAUCCUUCUCUGUAAUCUUUCUUCCUUCGGGAGAGAGACUUUCAAAUCGUGCGCAUCGUUAGCAAAACGAGAUCUCGCCAUUUCCUUCAAAGGGGUCGACUGAUUUUCCUUUUCCGUCUGGACGAUUUAGUCUGACAAGGCUUGAUGCACGUAUCCGAAUCGCAAUUAUAUCGCUAUGAAAAGCGUUUCGAGUAAUAUUCUUUUUAGAAGCAACAAAUAUGCGUUUUUUUUGUUUUUUAACGUUUUAUUCGAUUAUACAAAAUAUUUGUCGCAUUUUUAUUCUUUCGAGAAAUUACUAUAUCUGUUAUACUGAUUGUUAUUAAGAUAUAGUGGACGGGGACGGGGAAGAAGUCUUGUAAAAUACGUAUUGAAUGUUACGUUGAUUACGCUUACAUGUCUCCAUCGUUCAUUCAUAUUCUGAACCUGACAGAAAAUACGGCCUACUCAACUUACAAGUAACAAUUUCUAGUGAUUUCUGUAGAUUCGUAUCGGCAUAUUUCUGAUGCGUCAAUGAUACCUUGAAGUAUCAAAAUAUUUUAUACAAUAUAUACGUUCAUCUCAAUAUUCCUGUACACUCUCUAAUUUUACACGAAGCAUAUUCACGUAAUCACACGUUGGAGACAUUUCUUGAGAAUUAUUCUUAUAUUUCGGCUGCGUGCGGUGAUAUUUAAAUCAAUUUUAUUUAAUGCACAGAACAAAUUUAACCCUUUGCACUCUUGUGUAAUACUUAAACACGUAACGGUGACGAAUUUAAUGUCAGAGAACGUUCAACUUUAAUAAACGCGCGUCAUCAAUCAAUCUUUGAUUGUUGAUUGCAUAUCAUGUGUUCCAAUCCGAACGUAAAUACUCAGUGCAGAGGGUUAAUCGAUUAUCUACUAACUUAAGUGUAUAAAUUAGGAUGUAAGCGUAGGAAUUAGUAUAUGAUUAACGAAAUUCGAAGAACAAAACGAAAACGGUGCGUGUAAUGCAACGAAGCAACCGGAACUUGUAAAUUUUUAGAAUUGAUUACUUGCAUAUAUUUGUAAAUAACAUUACGAUCGUGUAUGGAUAUUUCCGAUAUCGUCGCUGUACUAAUUGUAUCGAUAAGAACGGUUUUGUAUAUAUUAAGUCACUUCGAGCGAGCAUAUAGAAUAAGAGUGUGAGUAGCUGUCGACGUUUUUAUAUAUGUGGAUGUUCCUGCAAACAAAAUUAUCGUGUCUUCGACGUGUAUCAGAACGAUUCAAUCCAGACAAGAGAGGCAUUUGAUCUCUCUCUUUCCACAAAGUUUGAAUGCUGCUUUGAGUUGCUCGCAAUUGGAAAUGUAACGUUCCUAGUUAUGUACAAUGCAAUUAAUUAAGUGCGAUUGCUAAGCUAGUCUUUAAAUUGGAAGUAGAUUGAUAUCUGAACGAUAAGUUACACGUAAAAGAUUUAUAUCGAUAAUUUGAAAUUAACAUUUCGUAUCUUCACGCCGAAAAACUAUUCGAAAUAUUUUUGUGACGUAUUAUUUGUUAUCAUAUCGUUGAUGAACGACGUGGUUAGUAGUAUUGAUUUGAAAUUCGCGGCUCAGAGAGAUGGUGCAUCCGCAGCAUCGACGUUCUCGUGUUGCGCAUGGCAAAUUUGCACGAGAAACGGCGCCCGCUUUUCGAAACGUCGAAUAGUCCAUAAUUCGCGUUGAUCUGCAUUUACAUCGACAUGAGAAACAUUCAGCAUUGAUUCACGUCCGCUCAAUGAUACAAUCGAAUUUUGAGAAUUUAUUUAUACAUACGUACACACAUCUUCCAUACCGAUUAAAUCCCUUGGCAUGAACAACAUAUAUUCUAUGUCGCAACUCAGGAGCUCCCUGGAAUCCAGAUGUAAAUACUAACUAUAAGAUUAUAUUACGAUGAUGUACUGUAAAGUGAAUGGAAUAUCUGUAAAUAAUCGCAGCUUUCUAUGAUGUUACAUAAAGUGGUACACGAUCAAUUGUAGAACCAAUGCUCAAGAUUUCCUAUCAAAAAUGUUUCUUAUCAAUAAUAUUUGUAUUACAUACUUUAUAUUCUAUUUGUAAUAAUAAUAUGUAAUGUAAUUUAUAGUAGUCUCAAUGUCUCAAAUUUCUCGAUUCUCUUAUUUAUUAAAUUUUUGGAAAACGCGACUUUUCAAAAUUUAAAGUACAAAACCGAGAACAUCUAGGAUUAGUAUGUAAAUUUAAAGUUACACGUAUCAGUUUAUAUACAUAUUGCUUUGGAUGAGCAGUUGGCAAGAUAUUCAUAUCAUUAAAUUCAUCCAUGCAAAUAUCGUGUACCACUUAAAUUCAAAUUUCUGUUAGCUGUAACUACCAUAGUCUAUCGACGCGAGAAAGAUCGAUUUCAGUGAGCUUACCACCUUACCAGCUUUCUAGAGAUUAAUAUUCGCAGAAUAAAAUUUCAUAGACGAAGAGAUCCCGAAAAAUAUUGUAAAGAGAAUUAUGUUUCCAUCGCCGUAGUUGUAGAGAUGAAUCCUGUUGUAAUUGAAUGGAGACGAAUGCAAAUGGAAUGAAUAAAUAUCGAAUGUUUAACCCA